GCUUGGAGUGGUGGAUUGAGGGCAUGUGUAGUCAUUAACAUUUUUAUCGUUUGUUUCGAUUUUGUGUGGCGGUGUGGCCCGUCCUAUCGCCCAUUUUUUUUCGUUUUCUAAUUAUUGUAAUUAUUAUAGUGAUGCUUGCUUUCAGAAUACCUCAUCUCGCUCCAGCGAGCGGUAUGUUGCACCUUCGCUUAGGUCUGGAUCAAAAGUUAUGGAUAGAAGCAAAAUGUCACAAGGAACCCAGGAUGCGCCGGUAGAUAUUCGUGAAGGACUUGAAACAUCGUGUGAUGAAAUUAUUGCAGCUCCCAUAACAGUGAUAAAAUCCAAUGUAACAUCGCUUGAACUCAUUGACGCCAUGAAGCAUCCGACAAACGGAUUGCUCUUCAUAAAUCUGCAGCCGAAUUUGCCAAACACGACCUUUGUCACCGCCGACGCUGUCAAUUGGUUGAUGACACACGUGGAGGGUGUUACUACUUUGGAGAAAGGAAUACAGAAAAUGCAGACCCUUUAUAAAGAACAGCUGAUACGCCACGCAUCCGGGGAUCCUAAGAAACAAUUCGUGUACGGUUUCCAUUUAUUCUACAUCGUAUCAAACGAUAAAGAUGACAAAGAGAAUUUCAUACCUAGUGGAGACUUACAAAUUUUCCAAAAUGAUUGGAUGGAGGUGGAAGUCAAACCGCCUCUAAAUUGGGGCUUAACUACUCCUUCAACCUCUCUCCAAGUCCCGAACAGUCAUUUGGAUAGGGAUCAAGGAAUUCCACAUUUUCUAUGCGAAGACAUUGAUGCUGAGUAUGCUGACUGUGAUUUGGAUGAAAAUGAAGUUCGUUCUGAUUUUUUUCUAGAUGACAAAGAGAAUUUCAUACCUAGUGGAGACUUACAAAUUUUCCAAAAUGAUUGGAUGGAGGUGGAAGUCAAACCGCCUCUAAAUUGGGGCUUAACUACUCCUUCAACCUCUCUCCAAGUCCCGAACAGUCAUUUGGAUAGGGAUCAAGGAAUUCCACAUUUUCUAUGCGAAGACAUUGAUGCUGAGUAUGCUGACUGUGAUUUGGAUGGACCAAUGUACCAAAGAAUGAGGUUGGAAACAGACGUGUUCGGUAAGAGUGACCGUGUGGAAUGGGGACACGCACGUUAUCAAACAGUUUUUAGACCGGAUCAAGCAUACGAGUUGAUCGUAGAGUGGUUGACAUCCUCAGGCUCUAUAAUUUUCGAAUUGCUUUUUGGAUGGCAUCGCAAAGCCCAGUCAUGUGGUUUACAAAUGGUUCCGAUACCGCAUGAUCCAUUGGCUCUUCCUUAUUCUGAUAAGUCGGACCCUUUGAGAGGACCUAUUUUUGUACCUCUUAACAUAAUGGAUUUGGAACAAGAUCAUCAUUUAUUCAAAGAAUUCAGAAGCGAUACAUACAUAGAGAGACUGUUUCUCUUCCAAGAAGCCAUUCUACAGCGAUUCGGAUUUAUAUCGUGCCAAGUAGAGCCUCCCAAUAAGACGAAUACUUCGCGAGAACACCAGUACGUUCACGCGACGGGAACUGUUUUUGUGCUGGUUUCGAGCGUCUCGUCCAGAUCCAGGAAUCGUAUAAAUUCCAGCACAACGAACCCUGGACGUUAUUCAGUACACGCUGACGUCGUUCCCAGUCCACAUGAGGCUUACAUCACGAGACAUGUAUCCGGUAAAAAUAAAGACGACUACGAUAACUCCAGAAAGGUGAGAUACGUGUUCCACAUUGUUGAAAAUUAAUAACACAAUUAAUUU